GAGCUUUCCAAUGGUUCUCCAGCUUUCUCAUUUUUUAAUCCAGUAGAGCACUCCCAGUUUCCUUCUUAGAUUAAGCUAUACUCACUGUAUGGUGAGAUUGAUCCUUUGCCCUUCGACACUUCCAAGGUGUCACUUUUUGUCGCGCUGGAAAGGUCCACGCAAAGACGAGGCUCUGGCGCUGGCUUCCAUGGCUUCUUCGACAGCCUCUUGCUGCGCCUGCGUGGUGGGUCCUUUGUGGAUCUCGCCGCCAUACCGUACGGUAUGUUCCUUUUUCCUUUUACGCUGCCAAUGAGCACUAGGUCUUCACCAACUUCAUCACAAGAAGCUGUUUGUGCAUUCUGUGUGGCUCUCGUGGGGACGUGCCGGUACCUGUAGCACGGAACCGGUACACGUACCAAAGGUUGUUCGGAGGGGUAGCUCUGCCGGUUUUCAAAACCAUUAUCGUUCGUUUUUGAAGUUUUGUUCGACGAAAGCGUCCAAGAUCGACGAUGAUGAUAAUGGCUUUGUUGUGGCUCGUCAUAUCAUCCACCUUGUGUCGUGAACAAACAUUGCCGGAACAGCAGGCUAUUGGCUGAGAACAUCCUAGUCUUAUAGUAUUGCGGAAUGGCUCAAAAGGCGAUUAAAAAGUACAAAGAAGUUAGGUUCGACCUAGCAAAGCAGCUCCAAGAUCUUCAGCAGCAGCUUGCCGAGACCAAGCAGGAAUUGAAUCGACUGCGAGAGGAUUCCGAGUGUGAUGCCCAGUCCAGGGAGUUUACUCAGAAAUUCACCAUUGAUGUUUCUCCACCACCGGAAAAGAAAGGAUACCUCUUUCAAUGGCAAGAUCGCAGCAUCGGGUGGGGCGGAACAAAAUGGUCCCUGCUAUUUGUGUCUUUGGAAACUGGAAGAAUUGCUUGCUAUGAAUCACACAUGGAUCAAUCACCCAUUUCGGUGUUAAAUCUCCGAGGUUGUGCCGUGCAAGAUGAGGGGCGAAAGAGAGAUCGAAAGUACAAGGAAAAGAGCAACCGCAAGAAGAAUGGCGACUACAGAAAUGAGGAAGAGGAACCUGGGUACUUUCAUGUGUUUGGAAUCAUCCAUAGACCGGAAUCAGACGACAAUGCUGAACAGAAUGGUACAGAUAAUUCCUCCACGUUGCUCCCAUUGUUACGGUUUUCUACAACGUCCGUGGCAGAGAAAAAUCUAUGGAUGGAUCUUAUAUCCUGCUCUUGCGCUUACUGUGAAACUGAAGAUUUCAUGAGGGGUGAAGCAGCCAGAGCUGCCGAGAGAGUCAAACAACAGGAAGAGCAAGCAAAGCUGUCACAGGCCAUGCCAGGUGCUUCCAGAGGCACUCUACCUCCUCUCUACUUUGCCCCCAGCGUUCCAGAGCUGGAAAAGAUGCAGAGACGGAAAUCCAUGUCCAAGAUGCCCAAGUCUUCUUCGUUUCGAACCGUGACCAAGUCCCGAGAUGCCGACAGUAGGGAAGCCCAAUAUCCUCCCUCCAAACCAAUGCACGUAAAGGCUGCUCCCUCUUUUCUCAGUUCGGAAGCUCCCGUGCAAAACUACCGGGGAUUGUUCAACUUGGCAAUGAUUCUUUUGGUUGUAUCAAAUUUUCGGCUCAUUCUCGACACCAUUCGGACACACGGGCUAGCACUUACCCAUACCAAGAGCUACUUGAGUCAUUUGUACAAUCAUUAUUCAGAAGAUCCAUUCCAUGAGUUCCCCGUCAUGAGUGGUUUUCUGUUGCUGCAGGGGUUCCUUGUGGGGGCGUUUGGGAUCGAAUGGUUGCUGAGUCGGAACAAGCUCAGUGAGGCUCUGGGCAUGACUCUCCACCACGUCAAUACACACGCUACAUUGCUGUCAUGUAUCUCUAUAGUAUGGAACCAAAUCGAAAACCCCGCUGUAGGGGCAGCGCUGUUAUUAUAUGCAACAAUCACCUGGAUGAAACUGAUUUCGUAUGCCUGUGCCAACGAAGAUUACCGCCUUGCCAUGAAAUCGGGUGAUGUCCAUGCGAUAGAGGCCCGCCUAGCGCUUUUGAACAAUCUUGAACCCGACGACGAGAGCAUUUCAUAUCCCAUGAAUAUCACCCUUGGCAAUAUCUACUACUUUUGGUUAGCUCCGACGUUGACGUACCAGAUUGCUUUCCCUCGCACGCCUCGCGUUCGGAUGAAAAGGGUGUUUGGCAUCCUUUUAGGCAUGAUUGCCUGUGCGGCUCUCUUUACCUUCCUGGUGGCACAGAUCGUCAACCCUGCUCUGAAACUCUUGGUCAUUGACCUAAAGAAAACCAACGGUGUCUAUACUCCUGGAAUCUUGGCAGAAUACUGGCUCAAGCUGGCGAUUGCCAACACGUACUUGUGGCUUUUGACCUUCUAUGCAUACUUUCACUUGUACCUGAACUUUUGGGCCGAGGUCCUUCGGUUUGGAGAUCGCGUGUUCUACAAGGACUGGUGGAACUCGUCCGAACUUGCGAGUUACUGGAGGCUAUGGAACAUGCCCGUGCAUAUGUGGCUCAUUCGCCACCUGUAUUUUCCUUGCUUACGCAUGAAGUUCUCCAAAGCGGGGGCUAUGUUCGUUGUCUUUUUCGUCUCUGCGGUUUUGCAUGAAGUUCUGGUAUCCAUUCCAUUCCACAUGAUGAGACCUUGGUCAUUCCUUGGAAUGAUGAUGCAAAUGCCGCUCAUCAUUUUCACAAAAUCACUUGUGAGGAAGAAUCCAGGUUCCAGCAUUGGCAAUGUCAUCUUCUGGCUCGCGUUCUGUGUCGUGGGCCAACCCACUGCUGUGUUGAUGUACACGGCCGAUUAUCAACUGGCCAAGGAUCGUGCUGAGCUUGGAGAGAACACCACAGGAGUUACCAAGGUAGAUUAUCCUGCUGAGCUCCAAGGUUCUUGAACAAGUUGCAGAAUCCUUGUUCCCAGCGGAGUACGUGUAAUUCAUUGUCUCUCGGCGGGUAAGAGAGGGAUGGGCAAAGCUCUUUCAGUAGUGUAGUGUAGUGAUCCAGGUCGGCCAUUUCAAGCUCCACUGGGCCAAAUUGGCUUGUCCGGAUGACCCAGCUGACCUUGGACGAAACUAUGAAGGUACAGACCAAUUCAUGGCUCGUACUGGACUAAGUAUAAAUUGUUCCUACAUACAUCC